AUGGUGGCACCAACCGUGCUUGUCGUGGGCGUGGUGGCCUUUGUCGCUGGCCUGGCGUCCAUCGCCAGCGUGGGCUAUCUGGGAACGCACCACAAGACCCCGGAGCGUCAUUAUGUUGUUGCCGUCGACGCCGGCUCGUCGCACUCUGAAUUCUUCGUCUACUCGUGGCAGCCCUCGGCCACAAACGUGUCCACCGCGGUGCAAGAGGUGAACAUUACCCAAGAGGACAUCACCUGUGGCGUCAAACCCGGGAUUUCUAGCUACAGCAGCAACCCGGCCCAAGCAGCUGCUGCCAUCCAGGACUGCCUGUCCGCGUGCAAAACGGUGAUUCCGGCCCACCGCGUACCCCUCACCCCGGUCAUGCUGCGGGCCACCGCGGGUAUGCGGGUCCUUGAGCAGGACAACGCAUCCGAGGCCCAGGCCAUCCUGGAUGCUUUGACCGCCGCCUUCACGGCUGCUGGUUUUGCCAACGAAUCGUCAGCCCAGAUCCUGCCUGGUCAGCUCGAGGGGGCUUAUGGCUGGAUUACUGCCAAUUAUGCCGGUGAAACCAUUGGAUUCGACCAGGCUCGCUCCGGCGUCACCGUGGGUGCUAUGGACAUGGGCGGGGCAUCGACCCAGAUUACCUUUCAGGUCCCCGCGGCAACUCAUCUCGAGGCCUCGGAUCGCUUUGACAUGACUCUUUUUGGUCUCGAUGACGUCCUCUACACGCAUAGCUAUUUGUGCUUUGGCGUCAACGCGGCCCGUGAUCGCCUUACCGCCCAGACCAUCGUGGCUGAGCGGGGUGGCGUCAUCCCACAAAAUAACACCAUCGUCAUCCCCGACCCCUGCCGCCCCAUUGGUACCUAUCAUGGCUACACUUGGGCCGAGAUUGACGCGCUUCGCUCCAGCUAUUGCACCGAGCAAUUUCCCCUCGAGGGCCUGGAUGAUGUUCUCUUGCAAGGCGCCUCCAAUGCGACCUCUUGCAAUGCUGCCGUUGACACUUUGCUACAACGCACAGAUGUGGAGACGGUGGGCCAGUUUCAGCCCCAACAAGAUGGCGGCAUGUCUUUCUUUGCCUUCUCCAGCUACUAUUACACGGCCGACUUUUUGUGCACCUUUAUUGCUCAACCUGGAGAUUGCCAACGCCCUGCUUACGACACUGCUAGUUGGGUCGUCUCGCCGGCCGCACUGGCACGUCUUGCUGAUGCUACCUGUCUCGCCAACUUUUCACAGCUUGCCGAGCUGACCAAGAGCGAUCCCAGCCUCAACGAUUAUCUCGAUACUUACUGCUUUUCCGCCGCCUACUUUGUGCGCAUGACGCGUGACCUCAAGUUUGCCAACAGCAGCCAGCAAAUUCACUUUGUGGGUGACGUCAACGGCACCGAUGCCGGGUGGACGCUGGGUGCCGUGUUGGCCGAGGCUACCUUUGAAGCCAACCCCAAGCCAGGGUUCAAGGCUUCGCAUUCGGCUGUGGUUGCAGGUGCAACGAUCGGUGGUCUGUUGGUCUGCCUCGGGGCUAGUAUCUUCAUCUAUUGGGUGGUCCAGCGUAAGCGUGAGUCAGACUAUGAGCCACUUAACAACGUCUCGCCACGCAGAAACUAA